CCCAAAACUCCAAAAGCAACUUAGCCCGAACAGAAGUAACAGCCAUCUGUCACAAACCGAUUUGCUACUAAGUCAAUAUAUGAAACAUGCCAACGCAUGCAUUGUAAUAUACAACUAGCAUUAACAGUGUUUACAUCCUAGAACGUUUCGAUCUUUUAGGUCAGUUGCCAUGGAAGAGGUCCUGCGGCUCGUGUCGUCGGGCGACUGCAUUAAGAUAUGGGACUCGAGCUCCAUGAAAGUUUUGGACCAAUUUAGUCCACACAGCAGCACGCAUCCGGUGUCUCAGGUUUGCUGGACCAGCAACAACCAGUACCUCAUCAGUGCCAGCAGCGUUGGAGACAAGGUUGUCGUGUCCAGCCUCAAGACCUCCCCCAUUCCAGUGAUCGAGCUUGCUGAAGGGAAAAAGCAAACUCGGGUCAGCAUCAAUUCCACAUCUCAGUACUUGGUGAGCGGUGGUCUUGAUGGCAUUGUCAACAUUUGGGACUUGAAGACAAAGAAGCUUUACCGCAACCUUAAGGAUCACAAACAAGAAGUCACAUGUGUGUCUUACAAUGCCAGCGACAGUUACAUUGUCUCUGGCUCCAUCAGUGGUGAGCUCAUUCUACACAACGUCUCCAAGAACCUGUCCAGCAAGCCCUUUGGUCAUGGAGCUAUUCAGCCUGUCCGUGACCUGAGGUACUCGGUGGUGAAGCGCGGCAUGCUGGGCAGCAUCUCAGACGUGGGCACAGUGGCUCUGUGGGAUGCCACCACACAGAAAGAGCUGCACACAUUUGACCCCGCCCACAAAGGGCCGGCCUCUGGCCUGGCCUUCUCCCCAGCCAACGACCUUCUGUUCGGAUCAGUGGGACUGGACAAGAAGUUCAUCUGUUAUGACACCAGCAGCAGAGUUAUCGUGCGCAACAUAAAGGUGGACUCUCCCCUCACUGCAAUCGAGUUCUUCCCCGAUGGGUCCACUCUGGUCCUUGGUUCCACCCAGGGUCAGAUACUGCAGUAUGACCUUCGCAAUCUCAGCGCUCCGGUGAAAACUGUUGCAGGGCACAAGACGUCCAUCACCUGCCUGCGCUUCCAGAGCACCCAGAUUAGACGCAAGUCGAGUAAAUUGGUUUCGGGAAAGUCCUCUGUUUCCCAACCGAAGAGGACCUCAGGGAAACCAAGCACUCCGCAGGCGGGGACCUUGACCCCAACCCCCGCAGUGCCCAGCCCCGAGCCUUACUGUGGAGAGAGAGGAGACGGCCAGGCCCACAGCACAGGGAUGGGCCUGGAUGGGUUCUCACGAGAAGCUGAUGGCCAGCACAGCACAGACCCGCUGCACAGCAUGGACAAGGCGGCGCGCGUGGGGCGGACCAGUCUGGACAUUUUCUCUCCUAUCAGAGAGAGCACCAACACAGAGGUGCGGGGAGGACGCAACAGCCUGGACAUCUUUUCUCCUGUCUGUGAUGAUCAUAAACUUCACGGAUCUGGCCUAGAAUCCAGUGGAAAGAGAGGAGGUGAUCUUGAUUUGGCGCCUCCGUUCACGGGCGUGUCGGCGCAGCGUAAGACCCCUCUGGGCACGACGGGGGGACGCUGCUACAGCCCCCUGUCAGUGUUCCAAACCCCGCCCAUCAAAGAGGAGGAGGCCCCAACGGAGACGCAAGACGGCAAAAUGUCUGAGAGGAAUGGUGGGAGCUCAAGCCAGGAGUCUGAUAGCCUGGCCACACCCCCAGCACUACAGAACUUGCGAAUGCAAUCAUCUAUCCCAGCAUACCUCACUCCGGAGAUCACCCACAGGAGGGCCAAUGACGUCACAGCUCAUCUGACCUACAAUUCACCCUUUAAUGGAGCACGUCCUACACUUGCUACAGCAGGAGCAGGGGCGUCUGAAUCAGUGGCCACCUCGCUGUCCGACCGGAUAGUGGAAACCAUCGGAGCAGAAGGGGCUGCAGCUCCUCUCACCAACCAACAGAUCGUCUUCAUCCGCAACAUGAUCCAGGAGACGCUGGAGGACCUCAGAGACUCCUGUCACAGAGACAUAGUGAACCUACAGGUGGAGAUGGUGCGGCAGUUCUGCAUCCAGCUGAAUGAGUUCCAUGAGGUGGUGGAAAAGUACUCGGUGAACAACUCGCUUCUUGAGGAGAUUGAGAAGCUAAGGGAGGAGAACCGACGCCUCAGAACCAACUAUUAACAGAUUUCACAGGUCUUGGAUACCCCCACUGAAAUCCCCAUGCAGUGUCAUCUUUGACUAUGUCUUCCAUGAAGCAGAGACAGAUGGGACAUUGAACAGGGCAGAUAAUGGAGAGUCGCGUCCUACAGUCAAAGGCACCUAAUACUCUUAUUACCUUUCUUGGCCUUUUGGAUAUCCAACCAGCAGAUGCUAUCAUUUUCUACCACACAAUACAAACCUAUAUGUUUUUUUAUAGUUGGGCAUAUGAAUGAACUGCUUGUCUUCAAAGUGCCUCUAUAGAAUGAAGAGUGAUUGUAUCUCUUACUCCAUUACAGUGAAUCAUAUGAUGCACUAUGCAAGAUCGCCAACAUGCAUAUAAUCAUGGUAAAGUGCUGUUGUUAGUGGUUUAGAGUUUUGCCUCAAAAUAAGCCACUUUGAAGUGCUGAUAUCAACCCCAAAGCCUCCCAGCCUGCAAUGAGCAAAGCAGCAGUGUGGCAUAAAGAAAUUGUCAUGAGUGUAACUUUUCAGAGUAAUAAAAUAUGUAUGAGAA